AUGGCAACAAAACCAUCCAAGUCUCCUCGCCGAACCGUGAUUGAUGCGGAGCCGGAGGAUAGAAUUACUUGUUUACCGGGUCAUGUAAUAGAUCAGAUUCUGUCACACUUGCCCAUUAGGCAUGCUGUGACAACAAGUGUUUUAUCAAAAAUAUGGAGGUACAAAUGGACCACCAUACCAAAUCUUGUGUUUGUUAGAGAAUGUGUCUCUGCAGCUUCCCACCGAUGCCCUUCACGUAUUGCAAGUGAACUUUUGACAAUUAUUGAUCAUAUACUUUCACUUCAUUCUGGGCCAAUCAACAAGUUUGUGCUCUUCUACCAAGAACCCUUUUGUGUGGCUAACUUGGAUAACUGGAUACUUUAUUUAACCAGAAGGUCUAUCAAAGAGCUUGAGCUGGAGGUAUGGAAUGGGCAGCCCUAUAAGUUACCUUGCUGCUUAUUUUCUUGUCAAAGUUUACAUCGUUUAGAAUUAUAUCUUUGUUGGAUUAAUCCUCCAUCUACAUUUAAAGGCUUUAGGAACUUGAAAAUUCUUAGAUUGGAUGAUGUUUCAAUAACUCAAGAUGCCUUAGAAAAUUUGAUAUCCGGAUGCCCUUUGCUUGAAGAUUUGACAUUGGCAUUUCUUGAUAGUUUCACCCAAGCUAUUAUUCGCGCACCAAAUCUCAAGAUUUUUGGGAUUUUUCACAUCGUGGGUGAUGAAUUAGAGAGUAUUAUCUUUGAAAACACUUUCCAACUAAUUAAGGUUACUCUUGAUUUAAACAAGUAUCUGAACAUUGAAAGCAAUCAAAGUAGAUCGGACGGAUGCUCUAACAACUUGCUCAACUUUUUCAGUCAUCUACCUCACUUACAGAGCCUAGAGAUCCAUAGCUGUUUUUUAAAGUAUUUGGCUGCUGCUGGUGUUGUGCCUGUAAAGCUUCCUACAUCUUGUACCAAUCUAAGUUAUCUUAGGUUAAGUAUACGCUUCAAAUACUUGAAGGAAAUUUCGGCUGUUCUUUGCUUGCUCAGAAGCUCACCUAAUCUUCGAAAAAUAGAAUUAUAUGAGACGGAGGACGAGGACGAGGAGGACAGGGGGGCUGCCCUCUUACCACAGGUCUCUUAUCGUAGGAAAGAUGUCUUUUCUAGGCCAACCAUACCCCUCGGAGUACGACAUGUGAGGAUAGUAGACAUCUCGGGUACCAGAUCUGAAUUAGCUUUAAUCAAAUAUCUACUUCUAUAUUCUCCAUUGCUAGAGCAGAUGUAUGUGAAGCCUAGUAUAAAUGUCAAACCAGAGUUGGUCACCAAACUAAAUAGUUUGAAGAGAGCGUCAAAACAAGUUGAAGUUAUUUACGAUGGGAAAACAAACUAG